AUGGUUGAUGAAAUGCUUCAACCAAAUGCAGAGUGUCCGCCCAAUGAUAUUGCGGGUGAUAUUGUUUUCGCAGCGUUGUCGAGGAGGGAGUGGCCGGGGAGGACUUUCAAUGGCGAGGAGAUUGUUGGGUUGUUGUCUAGAAAUUUGAUGACAGACACUUUGAGUGAUGCAACCACCCCUAUUAUGGUAGAUGACAAUUCUGAAACACCUUCCACUGCAAAUGUUGAAAGCCCCACACCUUUCCAACAGUCACAAUUCGAUAAUACCUCAGCCAAUGAUGUGGGGAUUGAGUAUAUGAGAAAGAGGAUGAAGAACAAGAGUCAUACUGUUUUAGGAGGAGAUUUUCUUCACAUGCGUUGUGCCGCUCAUAUUUUAAACCUUGUUGUGCAUGAAGGCUUGAAAGACUUAGGUGACUGUGUUACUAAUAUAAGGAACGCAGUGAGAUAUGUGAGAUGGAACUCUACAUAUUUGAUGUUGACCACUGCUGAGAAGUAUCAAAGAGCUUUUGACCUAUUGGGGGAGGAUGAGCAUAAUCAUUUUGUUGUUCCUCAACCUAUUGAUUGGGAAAAUGAUAGGGCAUUUGCGACAUUUUUGCAAACUUUUUAUGAAACUACAUUGAAGUUCUCUGGUUCAACUCAUGUCACCUCCAAUUCAUAUUUUUUGCAACUUUGUAUUAUUCAAAAUACUUUGAAUGAUGGUUGUCUCAGUGAAGAUCAGGUCUUGAGUUCUGUGAGUUUUAGUAUGAAACAAAAAUAUGAAAAGUAUUGGAGGACUAUGGAUAUGAUCAAUUUAAUGUUGUAUGUUGGUUUUGUUCUUGAUCCACGCAACAAGAUGAAGGCAUUGGUGUUUUGGUUGAAAAAAUGUAAUGGGCCUAUGUGGGCGGAUCAAAUAGAGGCAAAAGUGAGAGACCUCCUGAAUCGUUUAAUUGAGCAAUACAAUAAGUUUCAUGGGAGAGGAGUAGGGGAGUCAUCUAACAUUGUUGAAGAUACAAAAAGAGUAGAUGUCAAUCCUAUUUGUGGUGAUGGAGAUAAAGAGACACAAUAUAGGAAUAUGUUUUCCCAACACCUUGUCGCAGAGAAUGACUUGGAAUCCAUUGCUCGUGAUGUAUUGGCCAUUCCUAUUUCCACCGUUGCCUCUGAGUCUGCCUUUAGCAACGGAGGACGUGUAUUGGAUACCUUUAGGAGUUCAUUGUCUCCGCUUACCGUUGAGGCCUUGAUUUGCACACAAGACUGGUUAAAGAACCGCCCAAUGAUCUAUGAGGAAGUGUUUCAGGACUUUAUGGAAAGCUAUGAUGAACCUGAUGGGCCUAAGAAUCAACAUUCUCAUUCAAUGACGACUGACACAUCUUAUUCCUAG